AUGACUACCCCCAGCAAGCCUUUGGCUGCCCUGAACUCCCCUACCAGCCUUCGCGCCGAGUCGCCCACUACUGCACGCCCUAUGGACUUUGACGACGAACCUCAAGAGAGCGGAGUGAUCAGUUCCUCUCCUGCCGCCGCCCAACCUGCCGCCACGGAGGCAGCCCCGCCAAAGCCGCCGCGCCCCCUGAACCCGAGAGAUCAAUCCGAGAUCACCCUGAAGGAGGCCUUCCCGAGCGUCGAACCUGGAGUCGUCAAAGCCAUUUUAACCGCAAGCGAUUGGAAUGUCGAGCGGGCAUUCAAUGCCCUUCUGGGCAUGACGGAUCCUAAGGCUCAAGAAGAGAUGGUACCACCUCCAAAGCCUCCUCGCCCUGCCCAGGCCUCUGCGCAACAGCGACAGCUGGAAGCCGACGAAAUGUACGCACGUCAACUGUCCGAGCACUACAACCAGUCGCGGAGCCGCGCACCACCCCCGGGCUGGGAAACCGACCCCAGAUACCAGCGUCCCCGAGGAAGUGAAGAGUCGGAAGAAAGGGAAUAUAGCUUCUUCGACGAUGAUCUACCCGUGAUCCGCGAGAACCUCCGCAAGGGCUUUUUGGACACUCAGAAAACGGUCAACUCAUGGGUGACGAAUUUGAAGAAACGAAUUGAUGGCGAUGAUUUGGAUGAGGAGCCCAGCCAAAACCAAAGAGAAACUCCCGCGUAUGGCCGGCCCCGACGCAGUGGUGACAUGGGUCGUCGCAGUGGAGAUCGCGAGCGUUAUGACGCAGACCCCCAGGUUCUUGGGGAUGACUUCUCGGCUCUCGAGCUGAGGGAUGGUGAAGCUCCUCCUCCUCGCCCUCCCCGUCCCAACAUCAAGACCAGCGCAUCGCCAUCGCCCGAUAGACGCAAGGUAUCUUUCCAGGAAGGCCCGCCUACGGAAAUUGAUACUCUCUACGAUGCCCCUUCUUCCAACAAGCGCAACAGUUCAACUGGCAGCAAGUCAAGCAAGUGGCAGCCAUUGUCCACUGUCGAACCCUCCCCCGUGGCGGAGAACGAUCCAUUUAGCCUUGGUGAUAGCGAUGAUGAGAAAGAUACUAAGAAAGAUCAAACAUCCGUUCCUGAAAGCGACAAGCCCAAAAAGGCCACCGUCGAGGCUGUAUCUGAGGAGGCCGGUUCCAAGAAUCAGGAAACGAGUGACCUGAAGGGCGCCAGCAAGCCCGACGAGUCGAAAUGA